CAUCAGGUAUUCUGACAGUGUAAAUCUGGUGCUCAAUAUGGACUUAACUGGAGCUCCACUAAUGUAAAUUAAUUGAAGAACUGAUCCCUUGGUUUCUCCAUGCUUCUUUGGUUAUUACUUUUGUCAUUAGUGUAAUGCUUCAGUGUGAUAUUAGGGAUACUUCCAUUGUAGCACUUACAAAUUUUCACAUUGUUAGGUUGCUUGGUUGAUCUUGUUUCUUUUAUCUUAAUAACGGUAGAACAUGAGAGGUCAGCCACCAACUUGACCAAUUACUGUGUAAUAAAACACAUGCCAGGUUAUAUAACAUUUCUAAAUAAGCUCCUUCUGUGCCUGUAUCUGAGCAGGUAUAUAUUUACAAACCCAGCAUUUGAUUAAUUAACUUCUUCUUCUGUAUAUCACUUUAUUUUCAGUUUAUUAGGAAGAUUAUUAAUUUUUAUUUUAAAAUUAGGAAUUAAUUCUAGUUUCGUCCAAGUCACGUUUCCUCCGGGACUGAAACUUCACUGAUGCUUACUUCAGUAGUGUGCACAGGCCAAGGAAACUGUUAAAUGUUCUUGUCUAUGUUUUUCUUUCUGCAGACCUUUCAUAUUUAAAUACAAAUGUGGAUAAAAUUAAUGGGACUGGGGAGGGUUUAUGUGCCUAUGCCAACUUCACAGACAGUUUAGCAAAAAGAAGAAAGAUGGGUCUUUUCCUGUACCAGUUUUUAUUCUUCCAUCUCUUCUUUCUGUUUUCACAGGAUAGAUAAAUGAUAUAAAAACACUUCUGGUUUCCUUGCAGCAGUUCACUGAUUUUGGUUUUGAAGGCUCAUCAUAUGACAGAGAUAACUUGAAGAGAUCUUGCACAGUCUUGAAGGUUGUUUGUCUGCAUUUUGAAUUGCAAUAAGUGUUGCAGCACAGCACAUGUCUAAGUAUGCAGUCUGCUAAUAUGCUUCUAAGAAGAAUUGUAAGAUGUUCUGCCCUUCCAUUUGCUGUGCAACAUGGGAUGAAAAAGGAUUUGUUUCUGCUCGGUAGAACUCUGAGUUUAUCACUUUGUUUGAAGCAAGACAAGUCAUGUGAACCCUCAGAAAAACUGGAUUUAGAUGAGUGGAAGAAGGUCAUGAAAUCUGGGUUGCAAGAAGAGGUCAGUGAGACAGCCUCGGAGCCUAAGGAGCUUUCUGGUUUGGCUGCUGCACGUGAGACUUUGGAGAUGUGGAGGCUAGCUGGCAGAGCAGUUCCAGAAAAUGUUAGUGAAGAACAGCUAAAAACUUUUAUGGAGUGUCCUUCUAAGUCAGCCAAAAAGAAGUAUUUAAAAUAUUUGCAUCUCAAAGAACUUCACAAGAAAAAUGACAAAAGAAAGAUGGAUGAGAAAAGGGAGAGGAGGCUGGAAGCACAAGAUCAAGCUUCAAAGACAGAUGAGACCAAAAACUGUCCAUUCGUGUGUUUAUGGUCCCGCACUAUGGAUAAAGCGUACAACUGGAGAGCUGCUCAGGCCAUGGUCUUUGGCCAGCCUCUGGUAUUUGACAUGUCUUAUGAAAAAGAAAUGUCUGCGCGAGAAGUCACAAACACAGUGAGCCAGAUAGUGAUGAGUGAAAGCAGCAAUCGCAGAUCUGUGGAUCCAUUCCACAUCCACUUCUGUAACUUCAAGGAUGACAGCCUCUAUCACAGGGAAUUCAUCAAGAAUUACAGAGAUGCGUGGGACAAACUGCUUAUCACAGUGACAGAGCAGUGCUACACAGAAAUCUUUCCAAAGGAUAAGCUCAUCUAUCUGACGGCCGAUUCUCCCAAUGUAAUGAAGACAUUUGAUCACGAUAAGAUCUAUAUUGUUGGGUCGCUGGUUGACAAGAGCAUAAAAAGAGGAGUCUCUCUAGCACGGGCAAAGCGACUGGGGCUGGAGACUGCAGCCCUUCCACUGGAGAAGUAUUUGCUUUGGAGUACUGGUGCCAAGAAUCUCACACUGGAUCAAAUGAUGCAUAUUUUAUUAACCUUAAAAGAUACUGCUGACUGGAAAAAGGCUCUGGAAUUUGUUCCAAAAAGGAAAUACUGUGGCUUUGUAAACAAGCCUGUAAAGGAACUGAAAAAAACGUUAGACCUGAUCAACACACUUAAACUUGGAAAGGGACAGGAAAAAGUAGAAAAGCAGUUUGCCAAAAAUUACCCCAAGAAGUAUAAAAUAAAGCAGAAGUAGAGUGAUGGGGAGGAAAAUUAGUUUUUUACACACAAACUUUAAUGCUCUGACUUCUUGGUACAUCUGGAACUCUGUUCAACUGUUAAUCUACUUAAGUUUGUCACUUAUGUUUGAAAUGGCCAUUGUUAAGAGUUGGGUUUUUAAAUUACUUUUGUAGUCCAGCUAUUUAAAUUUAUUCACAAAUUAUUGAAAUUAUGUAAGAGAAAUGAGGUAAUCUGUUUAAAAAAAACCAAAACUCUACAUGGAGACUCGGUCUGUUCAGUUGAACUGUGCUUGGACAAAGGCGAUUGUUACUGAAUGCAGAGGUCUCCAGAGCUCGCUGCUUUGGAGGGUGCCUACAGUUUUAUUCUAAAAGAUUAGUUAAGAUGAAGUAGAAGAGACCUCUCCCAUUACUUCCUGAAUCCUCUUGUAUGCAGAUGAAUUGAUAGCUGAACUAAAUGGUUAAACCUUGCGUGAGUUUGGGGAACUGCACAAUUUAUUUCUGGAUGUUCUAAAUAAAGUCCAUGUUUGCAAGGAAUCAGGCAAA